AGCGUAGUGAUUGAUUCGUUUACUUCCAAGUUUCCAGGGUCUACCUUCCCCCCAAUUUGCAUGGCUUUGGUUUAAUCACUAAGCAAAUUCAUCCACACUAUCUUUCACUUUCUGGUGACCAAAAUUAUUGAGGAAUAAUCACACUUUGAGCCUGCAACAUCUUAAUUACCGUUACCUUUGUUUAAAUGGCUGAAAUUUUCAUCUCCAUAGCUGCCAAGAUCUCAGAAUAUGCGGUGGAUUUAGCGAUACGUCAAGGACAGUAUCUGUUUCGUGCUGGAAGAUUCAUUAAGAAUCUUGAAAAAGAAAAGCAGAAGCUGAUUUCAACUCUAGGUAGUGUGCAGAAGAGGGUUGAAGCAACUGAUAAAACAGAACAAUGAUACUAGUGCUUCUUUGGAGAAGGAUAUGGCUUUCAAGGAAUGAUCUCAUUUUUUAAAACAAAUGGUUGAGAUAGAGUGCAGAACUCUUGAGGAAGUUAAACAAGUAUUCCAUUAUUUUUUCAAACGAACACCUCUUUGACCCAGAUAAUGUUAAAGAAGUUAAAGAAGUAUUACAUAUGGUUUUACUUCUACCAAAUGGGGAUGUGGAUAUAUCAAUGCUGAAAGAAGUGCAGAUACUCAAUGGAAAAUUUGAGAUUGAGGCGUUUUAGGGUUUUCUUCAAAAAUGAAAUUUGUCGAAUCCUGGGUUUCUCCAGGGGAUCGCGUGUUGAUGCCGAUUUCAAAGGCUUGAUUCUGGUAUCAGUGACCUGCGAUUGGUUAGUCGGAAGUCAUUCAAAACAUUUGGGAUCAGCUAAUCUUUUGCAUUAUCAUGACAUCAUUGGGAAUCAUUCAAUAAUAUCAAGAUUUGAAGGAUUGGAUCCUAUCAUGAGGCUCAAGCUUGAUUUGGUUGAGAUUUUGAUGAAGAUGAUAUUUCAGGCUUCAUUGCUGAUUAUGCUGUGUGAGGAACUUCUCAUGAAUGCUUCUGGUAAUGUCCUUCAUGCUGUGUGAUGUCAGCAGGCUCGUCAGCA